AUGUUCGCUGAAUGGAGAUCUUCCGGUAACUUUAUGCUAGUGGCCCUAUGUUUUGCCCUAUUCACGGACACGUUCGUUUACGGCAUCAUUAUACCCAUUUUACCCUUCCUGUUGAUCGGUCAUGGAAACGUGGGCUCGGGGGACGUUCAAAAGUGGACUUCUGUUCUACUGGCGAGUUAUGGAGUUGCUCUUUUACUUGGCGCUCCUACGAUCGGUUGGUUUUGCGACAGAUUUCGCUUGCAAAAAGCAACACUGGUCGGUGGUUCCAUCGCCAUGGCCCUAGCAACCGUUCUUUUUAUCUCCGCGGAUAAUGUGUGGGUGUUCCUCGUCGCUCGAGUGUGCCAAGGCCUCUCCGGCGCGGUUGUCGGGGUUCUAGGCCUGAGCAUGAUUGCCGAAACAUCCAGUCCGGAAAGGUUGGGCUCACGGAUGGCUUGGGGAUCAGCAUCAUUGACGUGGGGAAUUAUCUGUGGCCCUAUUGCGGGUGGCUUCCUCUUUUCCAAAUUUGGCACUGGUGGUGCUUUCGGGCUCCCAAUAGCACUGCUUGUGGUCGACUUUAUCCUGCGAAUAUUGAUCAUACAAGAGACUGAAGACAUAGAUAUUACCAAAGACGAUGAGCAGGAGGAUUCACCUCUCUUGGAAAACAGUGUCUCUAGCGAUCAUCCGUUGAGCUUUUGGGGUUUCCUACAUCCGAUAAUGCUGGGUGUGAUUUUUUGUGUUUUCGUGAUUUCGUCCAUAUUAUCUGCCUUUGAAACAACCCUGCCAUUGUUUGUACUUGACACCUACCAUUGGUCUAGUUUGGGCGCGGGUCUUAUCUUUCUCCCAAUGACGAUACCUUCCAUCCUCAGUACUCCAAUUGCCCACCUUGUGAGGCGCUUUGUACCACGGACAAUUGUGAUGACUGGAUUUUUCUUGAUGGCAGUACCGAUGGUAUCCUUGCGGUGGACCCAAGAGAACACUAUUCACCAUGAAGUCGCGCUUGUUUCCUUGCUAUUCAUCAUCGCAGUCAGCGUCACAGCCGUGCAAGCUACCAUAAUGGGAGAUGUGUCUAACGCAGUUCGGAAAAUUGAAACCUUUCACGGGAUCACGGAAGAGGACAGCAGCGGACAGGGACGAGGCUUCGCACUCUGUAACAUGGCAUUUGCUGUGGGUCAAACACUAGGCCCAAUUGGAGGUGGACUUAUUAAACAUGAAUUAGGUUGGGGUUUUAUGACGCUAGUCCUUGGGAUUCUAUGUCUUGUUGCUGGUAUUUCGUCCUUCUUUUCGAUUUCGGCAGCUGCACCUCCAGCCUACACGGGCGAGGUUGAUGGAAAUGAAUGA